AUGGGAAAUACAAGCAGUGCAGUAUUGGAGAAUAUUGUGCAAGGGUCUAACUUUGAUCGAGAUGAGGUUGAUAGAUUAAGAAAACGUUUUAUGAAGUUGGAUAAGGAUAACUCUGGUACCAUUGAACGUGAGGAGUUUCUCAGCCUUCCGCAAAUCUCAUCAAAUCCUCUAGCUACUAGAAUGAUCGCCAUAUUCGAUGAGGAUGGAGGUGGAGAUGUCGAUUUUCAGGAAUUCGUUAGUGGGCUCAGCGCAUUUAGUAGUAAAGGAAACAAGGAACAAAAGCUCCGAUUCGCAUUCAAGGUCUAUGAUAUUGAUCGUGAUGGAUACAUAAGCAAUGGGGAAUUAUUCAUCGUUUUGAAGAUGAUGGUGGGAAGUAAUUUGAAGGAUCAACAAUUACAGCAAAUUGUCGACAAGACAAUUAUGGAGGCAGAUUUGGAUAGGGAUGGGAAGAUUAGUUUUGAGGAGUUCACAAAGAUGGUAGAGAACACGGAUGUGUCUAUGAGUAUGACAUUAGAUCAAUUUUGA